CUGCGGAGGAGGUAGGAAAAGUUUCGGCUUUUGUUCCGAGCGGGUCUUUGGUGACCUCUGAGCUGGGUGGCUUUCUUGCAGACGUUUCAUGACCCAACUAGGGGACAUCAUCAGUGUUAGAAAUGGAGGGGGACAAACUUAUGGUCCCCCCCAGUGGGGACCAAGGCUCUCAGCGAAGUAGCGUCUCUUCCAGUGGUCCUCGAGCCCAGGACGUCCUGGUUUAUCUUGUGGACGACACUGUGGUGCGUCUAACGAUGGACAACCUACCCUCCGUCACGGCUCAGGAGUUGCAUCGGAUGGUGAUGGAUGUGCUGAAGCUGCCCGAAUGCGCGCUCGAGAUCUUUUCCCUCUGGCUCGUCUCCCCCUUCCUUGAGGUUCAACUGAAGCCCAAACACCAACCGUACAAGGUCUGCCGCCAGUGGCAAGAGCUGCUCUUCCGUUUCACCAGCUGUUCCGUGGAUGAGAUCGUGGAAGACGAACCGUCACUUCAAUUCCGCAGAAAUAUCUUUUUUUUGAGAAGGAAGGAGCUGCAGAUUCAGGAUGAAGACAUUUUGCGGCUCUUGUACGAAGAGGCCAAGUAUAACGUUUUGGAGGGGAGGUAUCCCUGUGACCCGGCCGAUUGUGAUGCACUGGGAGCCCUGGUUUGCCGAAUCAACUUAGGCCCCUACAACCCGGAACAGCACUCUGCUUCGUUCCUGAAAGAGAAGCUGGACUGCUUCCUGCCCUCCCACCUUUGCCACAGAGGCCACAAGCUCUUUGCCAGCCUUCGGAAACGGGCCGGAUCCCGCCUGCCCGUGAGCGAGCAGGGCCUCCUGCGUGCCUUCCGCGAGGUCCCGGAGGCAGGGGCUUGCGAAGAACACGCCACUCUGCUCAGGUUGUACUGCGCCUACUUGUACAAGGCCCACGAGCUUCCGUAUUACGGCUGCGCCUUCUUCUUUGGGGAAAUAGACAAGCCGGUCCAGGGGUUGCUACAUCGGGCCGGACGCAAAGCCGUGACGGUGGCCAUUAGCCUGGAGGGCGUCUAUAUCAUGGACAGCAAAGAGAAGUAUGUUCUGCUGGGCCUGCGCUUCCAGGAGCUAUCGUGGGAUCACACGUUUCCGAGCGAGGAGGAACACAUCCUGUGGUUGGAAUUUGACGGGGAAAAUGAAGGCCGGCAAGUGAACAAGUUGCUCAAGAUUUACUCUAAGCAAGCUGAACUGAUGAGUAGCCUAAUCGAAUACUGUAUUGAGCUGAACGGGUCUGCCAGGGGGCUGGAUUCAGAGCCCACCACGGCUGCAGUCCCCGCGUCUGAUCAGCAGCCGCCCAAAAUUCAGCGUCAGAGCAGCGUGCUCUGUAGUCGGAUCCAGCGUUUAGCCACCAUAGACUACGUUGAGGAAGGGAAGGAGAUCAAGAGGGUGAAACCUCGACGUACGACAUCCUUCUUCGGCCGCCAGCUGUCGAAUGCCCCUACCUCCUACUCAGCAGUACGGGCAGCCGAGAACUUGGAACAGGGCUGAUCCCCGUUUUGUUCCUGGGGGUAGAAAGGGGGACCAGACCACUUUGGGGCAAGGUGACUCAAAGGCCAGCAUCAUCCUUGACUCUUCAGGGGUUACUUGCUGUCUACCUUGUAUCUCCAACUCCCCGUUGUAUAUCUCCUUGCAGUGUCAGACUUCAUUCCUGAGUUGGGGCUGCCAGAAUGUACCUUAUAUCCAGAUAUUGAGUUUGUUCCUGGCAUGUCGCAGAGCUGCCGUAAGAGUCCUGCUUACAUAGUGCCACGGUUAACGAUUCCCCCCCCCCCCCAGACUCAUUUAGCCGCGAGUUGUAAUCCUCAAAUUGCUGAUUUCUUCCUUGCUUCUGUAUGAUUUUUCAGAGGGGGGGGGAAAGGAAAUGAUCUCACAAUCCCCAUCUUGUCUGUGAACCACAGUGUUUGUAGCUCAGACCUUUGGAAACGAGGCUCAGUUUGAGGGAAGGGAGGCGCCCGAAGUGUUCUAGAAGGCAGAAGGAUAAAAUUACACCCUUUUCUUUUUGCAGUGUGCUGUAUAUUUGAGGAGGGGGGGGGACGGGAGGGUCUUUUCAUUCCUCUGUAUCUUGAAAUUUCUCUGCCUUUUUGAGGGGUACUUGCUCUUCUUUUGUCCAGCGCCAAGAGAAAUGAAUCUGGCUGAUCGCUGGUUUCUAUCCCCUCUGAAUUUCUGUUUGGGGAAAAAAAAGUGCUUUUUUUUGUUCCUGUUUAAAACAAACUGACUUCCAUUUUCAGUCUCUGUUUGUCUACCUGUUGACUUUUAUCUAGGGGGUUGUUGCAAUAAAAACCGGAAUUAAAAAACGCA